AUGUGGCCACGCGCACGACGGUUCGGCAACGUCUAUGCCUUCGCUACGGUCGACUGUUUAUACGCCAUUCUGUGGUUCUCGGCGUGGAUCUGCGUCGCAAGCUAUGUCGCACAGGGAAAGGCCGAGGGCAAGAGCAACAGUGACAACGAUAAGAAUAAAGAUGACAAGAAGAGUGGCUGCGACGCAUGGAAGUACGGAAACGCCAGCAAAUGCAAGAUUAGUACGGCAACUGUUAUUCUGGGGGUUGUGAUCUUCCUUCUGUUUGUUGCGACCGCUUGGAUGUCCUUCCGCAACGUCAUGCAUUUCCGCCGAACUGGUACCCUUCCCGAUGCUGUUUCCGAUCCUACGUUCGCGGCCCAGAGCAAGGCGGCUUUCUCCUCGAACCCUGCGCACGACUUUGACGAAGAGGAGGAUGAUUUCCGCUCCGGACGUGCUGGAAUGGGCGCUUCUGUUCGUAAUGAUCAGGACGAGGAUUACGCUUUACUUCACCAAAGCGAGGUAGACGAUCUCGGAAAUGGCAACGGACGUACUGCAAUGCAUGGUGCCUAUGAUCCCACUGCUACUACCGGAUCAGGGAGUGUGCUACAUGACUAUAACACCAGUUAUGGCGGCGCGCACGGGCAACACUAUGCACAACCGUCUGAAUUCGGUUCUACCCUGAGUGGUUAUGGACGUUAA